CCUUCGGCGUGACGGUGGCCGUGGACUCCCGCGCCACGGCCGGCUCCUACAUCGCCUCGCAGUCCGUGCUCAAGGUGCUGCCCAUCAACCCGCGCAUCCUGGGCACCAUGGCGGGCGGCGCCGCCGACUGCAGCUUCUGGCAGCGCCUGGUGGCGCGCCAGUGCCGCGUGCAGGAGCUGCGCAACAAGGAGCCCGUCUCCGUGGCGGCCGCCUCCAAGCUGCUGGCCAACCUGGUGUACCAGUACAAGGGCAUGGGGCUGAGCCUGGGCACCAUGGUGUGCGGCUGGGACAAGCGCGGGCCAGGCCUGUACUACGUGGACAGCGAGGGGCAGCGCGUGGCGGGCGCCGCCUUCGCCGUGGGCUCGGGCUCCUCGUACGCGUACGGCGUGCUGGACCGCGGGCUGGCGGCGGCGGCGUGGAGCGAGCGGGCGGCGUGCGAGCUGGCGCGCAGGGCCAUCUACCAGGCGGCGCGGCGCGCCUACUCCGGCGGCACGGUGAGGGUGUUCCACGUCGGGGAGAGCGGCUGGAGGCAAAUCUCGGCCGAUAACGUCAGCGAGCUGCAGGAGCUCUACGGGGAGUGAGGCGAAAAAAUGGGAGUUUUGGUGAAUAAAGUGCAAAAAAAUCCGA